GAACCGCAGUGACCCCAUCUUACACCAUGAAAGCCUUCGUAGCGUGCAUAGCCCUGGCUUUGGUGGCGUGUGCCAGCGCCGAGGCCCCAGGGGGCUACAACUACAACCGCCCCUCUGGAGGCGGUGGUUUCCACGGAGGAUCCGGUCUCAGUGGUGGAGGUAGCUACCGCGCUGUUUCCUCGGGUUACCAAACCUCAGAGGGACAAAACGUCGAUGCUGGUCUCCUUGAACAAAUCCGUCAAAUCCUUCUUAAAGAAGAAGCCUCCUCUGGCUCUGCAUCAGGAUUCGGCGGCAGCGCUCCUUCCUCGUCCUACGGCGUCCCCUCAUCAUCUUACGGAGUCCCAUCGUCAUCCUACGGCGUUCCCCACGGUGGCGGCCGCGUUGUUGGCAUCAACUUAGAGGGAGUCCGUCAAGCUAUCCAAGUUGCGCAAUUUGAGCAGACAGCAUCCGGCGGUGGUUACCCCUCUGGUCCAUCCUCCUCAUAUGGCACUCCUUCUGGAAGCUACGGCGCCCCCUACUAAUUCAGACCAAUGAUCCGAACGCUUAAGCGUUCUUAUUCGAGCUCGCCCGGCUCGAAUGUAAAUAAAACCUGGUCGAUGGCUACGUACAAUGUAGGUGGCGUCGGCUGGCCUACCACACCUGGCCAACGCUUGCGACUGUGCACGCUCACGGGUUACUCAGCGGUUAGCCAGUCGUUGCUACUGCCAUGACUGACAGACUCAACUUGCUAGUUGAUUCCGUCAGUUUGACAGAAUCGAAGUGGCUUACCGCUGGGAGCGACUCUUGUUUUGUAUAGUUUACCUAUUAUUAAGACUAGUAUAAUUUAAUGUAAGUUUGUUUUUUUAUUUUUUCAAAAAAAUAAAUACAUUUUGACACCGUA